AUGGCAACCGACCGCCACACGGGCCAGAAGAUGGCUGUCAAAGAGGUGCUUUUGGACACUACCGAGGAGGGUGAGAAGCGAGCUCCGCUUUGCGUGGACCGCGAGGUUUCCCUCUACAGGACCGACCUCCGGAUUAGGCUCCCCCGUAUGAGCACUUCGCACCUAGUGUCCAUAGGACUCGCCAUAGCCUGGUUUGUGGAAAGGCAUCGUCCAGGACCACCGCUUCUUGCUUUGGAGGAGAUCCAUUCGUUGCGAGACGAGGUGGCGAGGACUCGCGAAGCAGUGCUUCAGCUUGAGGAGGCAUCCGGAUCCUGUAGCGUUCAGCUGUGGGUGCAAAGCUGGCUGCUUCGACUUAGCGGGCUGGCGGAUCUACUUCUUGUGGGACUGCUGCUUUGGGUGUGGUUCUCUACUAGAGCGAGGGCCGCUCCUGCUCCCGAGUCCUCGGCCGAAGCUCUUUGUGACCAGAGUCCAGGGAUCGGAUCAGGUUUGAUUUCGGAGAGACUUUCGGAGACCUCUUUGGGAUCCAGCUCUUCUACCUCUCCUACUUCUCGCCCGGCUUCGGCACAAAUGGCAGACCUAACUCUAGAUAUCUCGGAGAUCCAGAUAGUGGUUCAUUAUCCCGGAGACCCGGGAGGUUUCGAUUGGCAUCACAGGGUCCUGCUUCACCGGAUCGAGGGUGGACGAUGGAUCACCCUUACGCCCGAUCUGGAGCUCCAACGACAUGAUCUCUCGGUACAAAAUCACAGAGUGCUUGACCGGGCAGCCCCUUUCCCGGCUGACAUAGCUGCCUUGAUCUAUGCCCACGACCCCAUAGGUCGAGCUGCACUGUCCAACUUCAGGAGGCAGGCUCAGAUCCAGGCGUCCAUUCUUGGAGAGAGCGCCGUGAUUGACUCCGAGGCCUCCCAGUGGGUUGUGGCUGAGAGUACUCAUUCAGAUUUCGGCCGCACGGUGGACGCUGCCUUGCUUGCGAAUGAGGCUACAGGGCUGGCUUUCACAAUGAAGGGGGUCAUAAUCCUUGAAGGGGAAGAAGUCUUUGUCGAGCGAGUGAUGAUCAGCGAUUUGGAUGCUUGGAAAAGGAAGCGUGGCCUGGAGGCCGCCGACGUGCGACUCCUAGGCGACCAUCGCGAUGCCAGUGGCAAGAAGGUCCUCGGUCUCCGCCAGGCCGUCCCCUUGAUGAAAUGCCCUGUGGAUCCUGAGUUCCCGAUCCAGGGCGCUCGGGCCGCUAAGGAGUUUCAUGAAGCAGUUUCCUUGACAACGGAGGGAUUCCUCACCUACCAUUCAGAAUGGGUCCGCUUGUCAGGGGCCAAUCGCAAGACCAGCUCGGUUCACAUUCACCGGGCCAUUUGCGAGGCGUUGAGGUUGAUGCACUCUUUCGAUCAGCUUGACGUUAGCGCCCUUGCAGUGGGCGAGCAUUUGACAAGGUGGGUGAUCCAGACCGAGCUUGCGGUGGAACGGAAUCCUGCUGCUCCAGAUUUCAGCGGGCUUGACAUCGUGAGUGGGACCGCUCAAUUGCCUGACGGGAGGGCAGCGACCACCAAGUUCUCGGAGUGGGGCGCGGCUAUCGAGGAGACGGAGACGAUGGCAGCAGCUCCGAUGAUGCUCUGGCGGGGCAAAGUAGCUUUCUUCUUGGGUGGGGCCACGCCGAGGAUGAUGUCCGGCCCUACCCCAACUUCUUCGGCAGAUGCAUGGGCUGAAUUCGGAGUUCGGGGUCUUUCUCCUCACCGAAAACAUGGUGAUCCUUUUCCUUUACCCCGACUUUCUUCUUCAUCGAGUUCUCCGGGGACUCCUCCUUUUACCCGAUUGCACCGGCGAGUUGAUGCGGCGCUCCGCUCUUUAAACAAUCUUGCCGCAAUCCCUUUUGUGCCAUCUAGCUCCGCCCCUCCCCCACUCACCUCAGUUCAGGAGUGGAUGAUGGGAGACAUUUGGCGGAGGGUUGCCAUGUACGGAGAGUGUCCAGCUGAAGUGACUGAAGCUUCCUCUCUCGGUGACCUUUGCAGGCGAGCCAACCUGUACUCGCAGGAGGCCUGCCACCUUGUGGACACGGAUCUCGGGAAGAUCAAGAUUCUACGGCGGAGGCUCCAACCGCAGGACGCCAGAGACCUGGCUCCCCCCGAGACCAAGUGUUACCUGGACAAGUUCAACGUGUUGGUGGAGAGGACUCCGGAAGAGCUCGAGGGGCUCCGCGAUACCGGGAACCUGGUGGAGCCCUACUGGGAUCCCCGUCUUCGGCGAGAUCGGCUCCUUCGUCUGCAGCUUUACCGGGCCCUCUUCGAAGCGAACCUCCUGACCUUUCGUCGACGCCGCAAGGCAAGAGUUGGCUUCUUCACCGUGCGCAAGAAAGACACAGACCAACAGCGUCUCAUUAUUGAUGCGCGGCAAGCCAAUUCUUGUCACAGGCCUCCACCGACGACUCGCCUUGCGACGCCGGCGGGCAUGACAAACCUUGACCUUUCACCCGGGACUUUGGAAUCUGAUGGAUUUGGCGGCUACCUCGGCGAGGCCUGCGUGACGGGCGAAGCCGGUGAUGUGGGAGACUGCUUCUAUAAUUUUACCGUCCCUGCCCUGGCCGCGUGGUUCUGCACGGACGAUGACUUCGACCAGGCUGAGCUCGCGGACUUGGGCAUCCACGUGGACGCCGUCUAUGACGAUGAGGCUGACAAGGAGCUCCCUCUCCGGGCUCAUGAGCGCGUUUACGCCGCGUUCAAAGGCGUGCCCAUGGGAUGGAGCUGGGCUCUCUACAUCGCGAACGAGGUGGUCAACCAUCAGGUGAGCUUUACGAGUACGAGACCCGGCAAGGAUGAGAUUCGAGAUCGGGCCCCUCCUCCACCACUUCUACCUGGUCGCCCUGUGGUCGGGACCUACGUGGACAAUAUCCACACCUUUGGGGGCUACAAAGGCGAGGCGGGCGAUCGAAUGAAAGCCAUUGCCGACCGCUUUGCCUUGUUGGGCAUCCCCUUUGAGGUUGAUGACGUCGAGGGCCAGGGUUGGAUGCACAGUCUCGGAUUGCGAUUCGACUUUGGUGACCGCUGUACGGCCCGAUCAAAAACCACCCGCGCGUGGUCCUUAUGGAUGGCUACGCGUGGACUUCUUCGACGGCGCCGGGUGAGUGGACGUCUCCUUCGAGUUUGGUUGGGGUUAACCAACUUCCACUUUCAGUUGGCUCGACCCGGGCUCAGUGCACUCUCCGCCACUUACAAGUUCGCAGUGGAGCACCUGGACCGUAGGGCCCCUCUUUGGGCUUCGGUUCGCUCCGAACUUCGGGACGUGCUCGGUCUUAUCUUUCUGGUUGAGGUCGACAUGUCUGCCCCACUCUGCACUGAGGUACACGUGGGUGAUUCUUCGGAUCGUGGCUAUGCACUUAUGAGCACCGCCUCCAGCCACAAGGAGGUCAGGAAGGCCCUUCAGCAUCAUGAACGGUGGCGAUUCAAGCAGAGCACGGAGCCUCUUCCUUCUCCUCUUUUUGACUACACAGGGACCAGCACUCCGGGCUACGCCGGGCAGACUCCUUCGGCCGGGCUCGGGAGAACUACACAAUUCGGCAAAGAGCUUGCUGCAGCAUGGGAUUCCGCGCUACGGGACCCUCUUUUCAAAAGGCGACGCGACAAGCUCUUGGGGCCUUCGACUGACGUCGAGAAGACCGUGAUCGAGGGGCCGCCGAUCCCCGCUUUGGCGGGUUCCUGGGAUGAUCCUCAGCGCUGGACUCUUGUGACUGCCAAACCCUGGAAAAACAUCAAGGAGCACAUUAACUUCAAAGAGGCGAGAGUGUGCUUGAUGAGCCUGAGGAGACUGUGUCGAACCUCUCGCAACUUGGGCACCACAGCACUGACGAUUACAGACAACUUGGUUUCGGCUCUGGCCUUUGAGAAAGGGCGCAGCGGAUCGAGGCCUCUCAACAACCUCUGCAGGAGAGCCGCCGCCUACCAGCUUGCUGGACGGAUUCAGUGGAGACUUCGCCACAUCGAGAGCAAACGCAACGUGGCGGACGCUCCAUCGCGAUGGUUUGGCCCCGAUCUUCCUCGACCUCAUACCCGACAUGUUGUGCCUGCAAGCUCGGCUCCGAUUUGGGAACGUUUUGCGUCGACUGAGCCUGAUCUUUUACAUGAUCGACGUGAUUGCGGAGGACAUGGCACCCAGGGCUCGCAUUGCCGAGCCGACUCUUUUGAGCUGGGCCGUGGCCUUCGUCCACUUGGUCUUGGAGAGCGGGUUCGAGAGUCGCCGGGGACAGAACGAGGACUGUUGGCACCUCGCCACUUCCUCGAACUUUUCUCUGGCACGGGGCGGCUGACAGCCGCUGUACAGCGGGUGGGGCUUCGGGUACUUCCUGACUUCGAGAUUGGCAAGGGAUCUUGUUUCGAUUUGACAUGCCCAGAGACCCAGGAGCUAAUCUUCAACAUGAUUAGAAAUCGAGUGGUUUGGUGCGUGCACCUUGGAACCCCUUGCACAGUCUGGAGCAGGGCCAGACACAAUAUCCAAAACGUCAGGCGUGCGCGCCAAAAGGAGGCAAUGGGAGUGGCAGCAGCUCUCUUUUCGGCGUGUGUGGUUCGAGAAUGUUUGGCAGCAGGGGUGCAUUUCAUCAUAGAAAAUCCUCAAACAAGUCGAUUGUGGGAGUUUGGUCCAAUUCGAGACAUCUUCCUUAACAAGCACGUCUGCUUCUUCACCUUCCACACGUGCGCCUGGGGCACUCCUUACAAGAAACCGACGAGCAUGCUCACGGACCUUCAUUCACUCUCUAGCCUAGCAAGACGCUGUCCAGGGGGUCAUGUUCAUGAACGACUGAAGGGGUCAGUGAUGUCGAUUGUAGAUGGCAAGCUUCAAUCCUGCAAUCGCACCAUAGCAGCGGGAGCUUAUCCUGAGUCGUUGUGCGCGGCUUGGGCUCAACUGCUUAAGGACGCAGCGCCACCAGGAGCUACCGGGACUACAUCGCCGGAGACUGUUCUGAGUUUUCUCCAUGGCGUCGAGGCGGCGGCCCGUCGAGCUCACCGACCACAUGAUGCAGAUACCGACGAAGAUCUUCGAGCAGGUCACCAAGGUCAGGACAGCUACAAGUUCCUUCGAGGAGCCAAGCGGUACCUCCAAACGCAUCCGGUCAUCUUCGGCCACUUCACAGCCAAGGAUAUCGCCCGCCUCGCCGGCUACAAAAAGUUCGACGACUACCCCGAAAAGACGCGCAAAGCCCAGGACGACACCAGAGGGGGCAAGCCUUCCUCCACUCCUACGUACUACAAGCAUGUCCGCGAGUUCGAGGCGUGGGCCCGAGCUCACGGACACCGGGUCACUAACAAAACCCUGGAUAGGCUGGUCACCCUCUACCUGAACUUCUUGGAAGAGGAUGAUGAAGUCCAGCCCUCCAACGGUGCCUACGUGAUCUAUGGCCUGCAGCUGCUACGCAACAUGGGGCCCAAGCAGGAGUUCCUAGCGAACUCCAAAGAAGCUCUCAACGGAUGGAAGAAACUCCAGCCAGGGGGCAUGCGCCUCCCGGUUCCGGAGGAGUUCAUCUACGACCUCGGCUUCUUGGCUUUGCAACAGCAGCGUGGCGACCUGGCCUUCGCCCUCAGCCUUCAGUAUGACACGUACCUGCGCCCCUCGGAAUUGCUUGGCCUCACCGUGGACCAUGUCGGAUAUCCUGCGGGCGGCCGUUACAACAAAUGGUCUUUGGUGAUUGCACCCUCUGCUUUAGGAGAGCGAACCAAACAAGGCACCUCCGACGACUCUGUCAUGAUCGCUGACAUGGCAGACCGUCGUUGGCUCUCCGAUGCAAUGGGACUUUACGUGGGCAGAUGCAAGCAUGAGCUCUUCCCUGGCGUCACACUGAGCUUCUAUGAACGCUGGUGCGAAAAGAGCUGCAAGCAGCUAGGUUACCGCUCUACUUGCAUUAUGCCGCACAUUCUUAGACACUCUGGAGCAUCCAACGAUAUGUUCCACAAAAGACGGUCGCUCAAUGAGAUCCAGAAACGUGGCCGCUGGCAGGCACGCAAAAGUGUCACCCGUUACGAGAAGCAUGCCUUGCUGCUCAAACGGUGGGAGCAAGCUUCGCCGAAGCGAGUGAACUCGAUUCGACGGCAAUCUCAGAGCUUUGGCCCAGCCCUCGUGCGCUAUCUGAAGUCUUCCGAGCGCUGA